AUGGGUUGCGGAUCAUCAGUUGUGAGACAGAAAUCUGAAAUAGAGGAACAAUGGGACAGAGUUUGGGAGACUGUAGAGGUGAAAAAACCAAAGGGCAACAUGUCAAAGAACCUUGUUGUCAAACGUUCAGGGUGGAAGACCAUAAGGAUCUUUGUGUCGUCAACUUUUAGGGACUUUCAUCAUGAGAGAGAAAUACUAGUGAAAAAGGUUUUCCCAGACCUUAGAAUAUGGUGUCAGAGCAGACGUUUGCAUUUAGUGGAGUGUGACCUGAGAUGGGGUGUUCCCAAAGAUUCAACCACUGAGACAACACUAAGGACAUGUCUGGAAGAGAUAGAUCGCUGUUACCAAGACAACAUCAUGCCAUUUUUUGUCAACAUGACAAGUGAACGCAUAGGUUGGAUUCCCAUAGGAGAAGAAGUGCCAGCAUCUAUCAAGUCAGAAUACAAGUGGGUCGAUGGUCUUUCUGUUACAGAGAUGGAAAUCAUGCAUGCCUCAUAUAGGAAAGAUAACCCAAACUCUAUCUUCAUGCUGAGAGAUCCAUCUUUCAUAGAGACUGUCCCAGAGGAACACAAGGAUGCUUUCAUUGACCCAAAUCCGGUAGCAACAGAUAAGCUAAAGAUGCUCAAGAAAAUGAUAGAGGACAGAUACACAAAAGACAGGGUACGACUAUACAAUUGCAGUUUUGAUUAUUUUGAUACAGAAGAAUCUAAAGUAAAAUUCUGUGGCUUAGAUGGAGUUGAUAAAGAUACUUUCUCAAAAAUUGUCUUUGAUUUUUUCAAAAACCGAAUAGAGCAUCAGUAUCCGCUGGCAGACAAGGAGUCUGAAGAUCCAUAUGAGAGAAUCAAAGAGAAACACGAAGCUUUUAUGAAGGCCAGUUCUGCAGUGGUCAUUGGAAGAGACGAAACUCUGGAAAAGGUGAACAAUUACAUAUGUGGACCUGGGAUUGACAAACCUCUUCUACUAAUUGGUGGUGCUGGGACUGGAAAAUCAUCCAUAAUGGCACGUCUAGCAGAUACAACAUACCAAAAAUCUGUUACUAAAUCAAUACCUGGUGGCGGAAGUAAAGGCUGGCACGUGUUCUACCAUUUUGUGGGUGCUGUACCUGGUUCUACGGAACUAGAAAAACUUCUGAAAAGAUUACUUAAAGAGAUGGGAGUGGUAGAUGCUUCUAAUAUGCCCAAAGACCUAGAAAGUGCAGCUCAAGUAACAUGUGGGGCUUUGAACAAUCAAAACACUCGACCAACAAUCAUCAUUAUAGAUGCACUCAACCAGUUUGACAGUGAUCUUGCUGCAGAGUUAGUUAGCUGGGUCCCAAAGAAACUUGCUCCACAGAUUAGAUGCAUCUUCACAAUGAUACCUGAAACCCCUCAACAUUAUGCACUGAUUAGCAGAGAGCCUCAACCUGAUAUGUUUGACCUUGAACCCCUUGAUAUGGAAUCUAGAAAGCAAAUAGUAGAAGAGAUGCUUGGUAAAUACAACAAGGCUCUGGACACAAGCCAGAUGGACUCUCUCCUUUCUAAGACAUCUUCAGAUAACCCGCUGUGGCUGUCCUUGGCCUGUGAGGAACUUAGAGUGUUUGGAAACUUCAGGAAAGUCUCAGAUAAAAUCAACCAGUUAAGAGAUGGACUCCUUGAGUUAGAGAUGCAGAUCAUGACACGAUUUGAGGAGGAAAGUGGUGGAGAACUAUUGGUGGCGACAUUAUGUCUUCUUGAAUCUUCUUCCACUGGUCUUCUAGAGACAGAACUUUUGAUGAUAUUAGGGGAUACAGAUAACCUUAUGCCAAGGGAACAGGCUGAGGGAGCAGAAAAAGAUGACACCUCAAAAGAAAAAUCAGACAAAAACAAAACUGAGGCAUUAGCAGCUUAUAAAUGGGCAGAGGUGUACAGAGCACUCCGACCUUUCUUACGUCCAUUUGGUGACAGCGGGGAGGGACGUCUAGAUUUCUACCACAGGUCACUCAGCAAGGCAGUCAGACAAAAAUACUUCAAAGAUGAUGACAUCAAAAAAUGGUGGCAUAAAAAGCUUGCAGAUUAUUUUGAAACUUUACAAAAUAUUGACAGAAAAGUUGAGGAAUAUCCCCAUCAUUUGCUGUUCUUAGACGAUAAAAAGAGAUUGAAAGACUUCCUUACAGACUGGGCUGUCUUCACGGAGCUUUUUGAUAUUGAAUUCAGCACCAAACUUUGUAAAUAUUGGACAAAGACCUGUGCUUUGGAUGAGAUGGAAGAACAUUACGUAACAAAAAUGCAGAAUCUGGUCAAUGAUGAGCGAAACUCUAAAGAAUUGAUUGCUCUGAGAACAGAACAGAUGGCAAGAUUUAUGUCUCAGAUGGGCAGAUACGACAGAGGGUUUGAAUACGCAUCCAAAGCUGAGGCCUUUGAACUGGAUCUUGGGGCACGUCCACACAGAAUGGCUGAAAUAUACCAUCUGUUAGCAAUUGUGGCUGAUGAGCAUAUGAAACUAGAGGAGUUUAUGUACAGAUCUCAGUUGCCCAGAAUGAAGGUCAUUAUAGACAACUUUGAGAAAAGUGUGGAGCUGAGAAGAACAUUUGAGGGAGUAGAACAUCAGCAUAAGCUUGGUUUGGCUUUAAACCGGUUGGCAUUUUACUACUCUGGAUGGAGCAUAAGAGGUGGAGAUGCAGCACUUAAUGCAAAGGAUGCCAAAAGCAAAGCCAUUGAUCGAGUUGAAGAAGCAAUAAAACUUUAUACUGAGAUAGAGGAUGAAUUUCACUUGGGAGAUGCCCUCAUAACCAGGGGAGUAACAGAAGGCAGUGCAAACACUUCACAAAUAAAAUUUUACAAGGAGGCAGAAGCUAAAAUCUUACAAUCAGCAGGAGAGUUGAAUGUCAGCUACGACCGUUUAUUACUCAAUAUGGCGAUCUACUAUGAGGAAAUGGGGGACUAUAACACUGCUUAUGCCAAAUUUUAUAAAUGGUAUGAAGUGUGUAAAGACUUUUAUGGAAUUCACCAUGCAAAAGUUGCAAGAAGUAUUAAUACACUUCGUGAACCAAUGUACAAGAGAUUGGCACAGGAGAAAGGUGUACCAGUUCCAGAGGAAUUUGAUGGAGAUAUAGGCUGACCUGUUAAGUAGAAGAUUUGACCAUAUCACAUAUGUGAUAUACAGCAUGUCAUAUCCCAUAAGUCGCAUUGGCUAUACUGUACAAUGUAUAUGACCUUGCUAAAUAUGGUAACACGCACAUGAACAUUAUGCAGUAGUAUAUUUCAUCAAAAUUGAUUGUUUGAUUAUCUCAUUCAACAUUCUGUGAUAUUAUGAAUUGUACCAUACCUUCUUGCAGGGGAACACGCUUGCUUGAAGAGAUUUCAAGUAUAGAUAGAAUAAUGUUAGCUCAAUAUAUACUAGAGCUAUUAUAGACUACAUGUACAGCCAUUACUGUUUAUCACUUAGAGUCCCGUAACAGUCCAAAGUAAUGUUACAAUAUUUUUGUUCUUCUUUCAACCCAAUUGUUAUACAUGUUUCUGCAUGACAUUUAUGGGAACCUGCUGAUACCUUGUCAGUCCAAAAACAGUGCAUAGCUUUAUAUAAUUAAUUACUUACUAUCAUUGUGAUAUAUAUUUAUAUUUUACUAUUUACAAUGUAUAUGCAUUUAUUUUUUGCAUAUGAUAAUCGUUCAUAUUUUUUACUACAAAAUAUUUAGCUAUUUUACAAAAAUACCCCUUGAAGAGCCACUUCAUAGUUUGGUUCACAAAUGGUCAAAAUUAUUACUCAGGGGUCUGGAUUUGGAACCAUCAUAACUUAGUUCACAAGUCAUUGUUCGACAAUGGUUUUCUCGUAAUCAUAAGUUAGGAUCGCACCAAAAUGGGUCCCAGUUUAGCUUGUUUAACUCCUGACAGAGGAAUGGUUUAAUGGGCAUUUUGACGGAGGAGUUAAAUGCUGUUUUAUGUGAUUUAGAACAAUCACUGGACAAUAUGGUCUUUCAUUUUUAGAUUUUUCAAUGUGAAAAUACAGGGUUUCAUUGUGAUUUUAAUAUCACAUAUUUUCUUCCAACUCUGGCAUAAUAAUGUUGUUUGCACUAAACUGCUCCUUGUUGAUAUAUCAAAUUUUAUGUACAUGCAAGCAUAUUUUUUUUGCAGACAUUUAUUUUUUUAUUAUGUAUGGUCAUGAGUGUAACAUACUGUAACUGUAACCUGUAACCUUAAAUAUUGUUGCAUAUUAUAACAAAAUAAAGUCUUAUACACAACAU